CGCGAACGUGUGCGAGUUCGUGAGUAAAACGCGCGAGUAAUGUCGUGAAAAUAAAUUUUCUUCCAAAUUUGUUAAAAAAGACACAAAAAUCUGGAAAAACAAUAACAAUACACUGUGAAACCUCCAGUGAAACAAUUCUACCGACCUUUUUCCAUAAUUGCACUUCAUUCAAUUUGAAGCCCAAAGAAAACAAGCACAUAAAUAACCAAAAUUGCAGAGUACCUUAAACAAAAGCGUCACUAUCGCGUUUAUAUUGUCCAGAAGUUAACAAAUAUAUUAACAACAACAUAAGUAGGCAACAAAAGAACAAAGCUGCCCGAAAUAGGAAACAAUAAAAAUUGUCAAAUGUCAGAAUAAACAUAAGUAUGGUUGGCAAGAACUUCAAGGCAUUGUCCCAAUUCCAUCGGCUAACCGAAUAUAUUGUACAGUGUAAACAUUGUGACAAGACGCUAUCCUCGAAGCAUACCUCGUCCAAUUUAACGCGCCACUUGAUUAGGAAUCACAAGUUACUGGCGCGAACAAUUUUCGGGGACGAAGACGUUAAGAUGCUUGCUGAGCUGCGUGAUGAGUUUGAUGUAUCUGACAUGGAGCACAUGGAACAUCUAACCGAGCCUGAGGGUGAGGGUGAGGGCGAAGGCGAGACGAAGAGCGCCGUUCGCAAUAUUAUUGGAGCACAGCAACAAUCGCAUAGGCAGCACCAAAUGGAUCCCCAGCAGCUGAAGCAAGAUCUGGAGACUUCCACUGAGCUGCGUAACAAAGUCAUCGGCAAGAAUAAUAAAAUGUGGGCUCAUUUUAUACGUAUCUCGGAAUUCAUGGCCAAGUGCAAGCACUGCGGCAAGACUCUCUCCUCGAAGCACUCCUCGUCUAAUCUGAUGAGGCAUAUUGUACGACGCCACCACAACCUGUCUAAGAAUUUGAAUUAUUCUCGUCAACAUAUGCUGACACCCAAAAAGGAGGGUUUUAGGUCUUCGGAUCCUUUGGAAAAGGUUAAUUUCGAUGAUGUGGAUAGUAUCAUUGAGAAAGUUACGGAGCAAUUAGAAGAUGAGGAACCUUUUUACGAAUAUGUAGUUGACAACACUGAAGAUGUUGUGGACAGAAGUGCCCACGAUCAGGAGCCAGCUGACAUGCACCACAUUAAUCAGGGAGACACCUCCUCGCUGACAGAAACGACAACUCAGUUAGAUGAGAAACUGAAAGCAGAAACAAUAUAUUACAAUGAAAUGGCCGAGUUAGCUCGGGCAAAGCGCCGGCUCAUCGAUCUGCAGACCAAAAAGCUGCUUCUCGACAUGAAUGUGGUGGAGAAUUAACAAAAUCGUUUUAUUAUUUUAACAUUAACUAGCAAUAAUGGUUAAACACGGAUUAUUCAGAUUAUGAUACUAAACACGCAUUGUUCACAUCAUAUGAAUUUCGAACAGAUUAAAAUCAUUAAGGACAGAA